AUGACAGAGAGCAGGAGGACAGAAGUCCAGUUCCUGGAGCAACAGAACAAGGUGCUGGAGACCACACGGGGAUUUCUACAGGAACAAAGGUGUUACAGGAGCAACAUCGAGGCAAUGUUUGAAACUUACACUGGCAAGCUGAAGAGGCAGCUGCAUGUUCUGGGAAGCAACAGAGCCAAGCUGGAAACAGAACUGAGCACCAUGCAGGGUAUCAUGGAAGAUUACAAGAAAAAGUGUGAAGAGGAAACUCAGUGGCAAACACGCGCAGAGAAUGAGUUUGUUAUGCUCAAAAAGGAUGCAAAUUGGGCCUAUGUGAACAAAGCUGAGCUGGAAGCCAAAGUGGAGUCCCUCAUACAAGUGAUCAACUGCCUGAGGAGCCUGUGUGAAGUGGAAAUCACUCAGGUCCAAGCACCCAUUUCGGGCACCUCUGUUAUUGUGUAAAUGGACAACAGCUGAGGCCUGGACAUGGAUGACAUAAUCACCGAUGUCAAAGCUCAAUAUGACGACAUUGCCAAAAAAAGUCAGGCUGAUGCAGAAACCUGGUACUACAGCAAGUAUGAGGAACUGAGAGAAACCGCUGGCAAACACGACGACAGCUUGCGUAAUACAAAGAAUGAAAUUGUGGAGUUGAAUCGGGUGAUUCAGAGACUACUGGAAAACACCAAAGCCCAGAGAUGCAAACUGGAAGGAGACAUUGCUGAAGCUGAGGAGCACAGGGAAGUGGUUGUCAAGGAUGCAAAGUGCAAACUCUCCGAGCUGGAGAAGGCAAAACAGGACAUGGCCCGUGAGUACCAGGAGCUCAUGAACGUCAAGCUGGCCCUGGACACUGAGAUCAUGACCUACAGGAAGCUGCUGGAUGGAGAGGAAAGCAGGUGUGAGCUGAGCAGUGGAGUCAUGGUAGGUCCAAAGCACCUGCCUGGCCUGAUGGCAGCUUCCCACAUCCUCUAA